GAACUACCGCGACAGACUGAGGAAGGCAACUUUAUGCUGAAAAAGAUAGAGCAGAAAAAGAAUCCGAGCCACAAUUAAGGUAUUGAAUAUAAAAACCGUUCAUAGAAAAAGUCACCACCAGUUGUAAUCACGAAAUAUAUAAUUGCGUGCUAAAAAACACUACCUGAUUGUUUUUUUCUUUGGUGUGAUUAUAAGAAGAGAAAUCAGUAUUAUAAAAUAUUUCAUAUUCAGGACUUAGGAAAGAUAUAGAAAACACGCAAAUGCAUUAAAUGCCAAAAUAAGCUUGCUCAACAAUGGCAGAUCGUGCUUCAGGAAGAAAUGAAGAGGUACUUCGCAGUAUCGAUUUGGGCCGUACUCAGGUGAAUUUAGGUGACUAUACCAAGGCAAUCGAUUAUUUCCGAAAAUCUUUACAGAUGGCAACGGCGGUCGGUGACCAAGCAGGUUUGGCAGAAGCCAAUUUCUAUAUGGGUGAUGUUUACCAAAAAUUAGAAGACUAUGAAAAUGCCGUCAGCUGUUUGAAAGACAGCUUAGAUAUUAGCACGACUAUAGGCAAUCAAUUAUUAAUGGCAGAAAGCAAUAGCGCUUUAGGUAGUAUUUAUGGGAGUUGUUUAAAAAAGUGGGAAAUUGCAAUUGAAUAUUAUAAUGCAGAAUUAGGGUUGGGAGCAACCAUUGGUGAUCAAAAGCAGAUAGCAAAGGUUAAUUGCAAUUUGGGCGUUUGUUACCAUGAACUAGAAAGAAAUGUAGAUGCAGUUCAAUGUUACAAAGAAAUGUUAAGACUUAUGAGUGCGAUUGGCGACCAGAAAGGAAUAGCUGAGAGUAAUAGCCGUUUAGGCGAAAUCUAUCUUGGUUCCAGUGACUAUGAAAAGGCAUUUGUUUAUUUUAAACAAGCAUUAAACAUAUAUAACGCUCUUGAUGACAAAAAUGGAAUUAAAGAUAUCAGUAUCAAUUUGGGCCGUGUUCACCUAAACUUAGAUCAAUACAGCGAGACCAUCGACUGUUACGGAAAAUCUUUAGAGAUGGCAAAGAGGGUUGGUGACCAAGCAGGUAUUGCACGAGCCAAUUGUCAUUUGAAUUGUGUUUACCAAAGAUUAAGAGAGUAUGAAAAGGCCAAAAGCUAUUUGGAAGACAGCUUUAUAAUCGGCACGGCCAUUGGUGAUAAGUCAGUAAUGGCACAAAUCAAUUUCAGUUCAGGUAAUAUUUUUAGUUCUUUCAAAAAGUAUGAAACUGCAAUUGAUUAUUAUGAGAAAGCAUUAGAAUUUUACACAGCAGAAGGCGAUCAAAGCUCAGUAGCCAGGAUCAAUAACAGCUUGGGAUCUUGUUACAUUUCACUAGGAAAUUUUGAUGCCGCUUUGAUUUAUCACAAAAAGAGUUUAAACUUAGCCAAUACGACUAAAAAUCCAUCAGCGAUAGCACAAGCCAAUAGACACAUCGGUGUUGUAUAUAGACUGUUGGGUGAUAAUGAAAAAGCGAUUGAACAUGGUAAAAAAAGUUUAGAAAUAAGCACUGUUAUUGGCGAGUCGCUUCUGAUAUCAUAUAGUUAUCAUGAUCUUGCAGAUGUUCAUCGGGGUUUAGGAGAAUAUAAAGUUGCAUCAACAUAUUUAGUAAAAUCUAUUAGAGUACUUGAAAAGCUGUUCCAAAAUUCAGUUCCAGAUGAAAACAAACUCUCCUUCACAGGAAUAUACUCUAGCACCCAUAGAGAUUUAACUAGUUGCUUUGUUUCUCUGGACCGCUAUGAAUCCGGACUAUUAGUGACUGAUCUGGGUAGAGCUAAAGAGCUCCAUUUUUAUAUUGAAAGAAAACAAAAUUAUUUAGAUACAGAAUUGUUUCCUAACGCACAAUCUGUAUGGAAUAAAAUCGAGAACGGGGAGGAGAAUCUAGAAAUAGAGCGAAUACAAAAGAUUCUUCGCGUAAAAAGGGAUGAAACAUCAGUUGUGUUAUUUUCCUUUGAAAGUGAAAGUUCUCUGAAUGUUUGGGUUUUGAAUAGUGAUGUAACCUUUAAGCGCCUGAUGUCAAAUGAAGCAUUGAAUACAUUGGAGUCCCUGAUGACUCAGUUUUCCACAAAUACAAGUGUCAAUAUCAAUCGAGAUUCUUCAUUUUUUAAACUUGAUUCACUUGCGAAUGAACAUAGUUUUCAUAGUCACAUGAGCUCACCGCCAACCAAGCCGUGUAAAAGAAAAAAGCUUAAAACCUUGCACGCAAAAAAUCCGAGCGACGAUCAUUUCAGUGAAGCUAUUUUAAAAAGACUUUUCGAUCUUCUCAUUCAACCAAUAAGAGAUGCCGUAAAAGGAAAUAAGCUCAUUAUUGUUCCUGACAUGCAAUUGUUCUUUAUUCCCUUUUCUUCAUUGAUUGAUGAAAAUGGGAGGUAUUUAUCUCAGACUUACAGCAUUCAAGUAACGCCCUCAUUACACACUCUGACGUUUACGAAAGAACAACCCCAUGACUCUGAACUCGGUUUUGCGUUGUUUGUUGGCAAUCCCAAAGUUAGGAAUGCUUCUUUGCAUGGCACAGAUUUCACAUCUGCUGACCUACCCAAAGCAACUGAGGAAGUUGCAAGUCUUUCGAAGCUCUUCACAGCAAGGCCUCUCGUAAAAGCUGAAGCAAAAAAACAGGUUAUUCUCGGACUUUUAAGUGAUGCUAGUAUAAUUCAUAUCGCUGCUCAUGGUGAACCGAAGAGAGGUGAAAUAAUGCUUGCUCCUGACCUAUCUGCAAAUGAACCAUCUUCUUCUCUUCCUAAUUCAGAUUCCUAUCUCCUCACACAGAAGGAUAUUACGAGUAUUUCAUUGCGAGCUCGCUUGGUUGUCCUAUGCUGUUGUCACACAGGGCAAGGUGAGAUUUCUUCAGAAGGUAUCAUAGGUAUAGCUCGGUCUUUUCUUGCUGCUGGAGCUCGCUCUGUUCUCGCCACACUCUGGCCCAUUUGUGAUGACGCAACAAAGGAGUUUAUGGAAGCAUUCUACAACGAACUGCUCCAGGAAACACCAGUUUGUGAAGCUUUAAGAAGGGUAAUGAACCUCUUUCAGAAACACGAAAGAGAAUAUUACCGAUCCUUUUUUAUUUGGGCUCCAUUUACUCUCUAUGGAGAGGAUGUGACGUUUAAAAAAGGCGACAUUGAAAGGAUCAGAGAGAAAUCCAGUGAAACUCUACCCGAAUGUGGUUUUGCGUUGUUUGUUGGUAAUCCAACGUCAGACUUGCCUAAAGCCACUGAGGAGGUUAAUUCUCUUUCAAAGCUUUUCAAAGCAAAGGCUCUCGUGGAAGGCGAAGCCAAAAAACAGGUUUUGCUGGGACUUUUGAGCGGGGCAAGUAUUAUCCAUAUUUCUGCACAUAUUGAACCUAAGCAAUGUGCAAUAAUGCUUUCUCCAUGUGUCUCCUCAAAUGAAGGUUCUUCCACUCAGGAUCUUUUAACGCAACAGGAUGUUAAGGGUCUUUCUUUGAACCCUGGGUUGGUUGUUUUAUGCCUAUGUGAUUCUGAGCAAGACGAAGUCUCUCCAGAAGGUGUUGAAACUUUAGCUCUGUCUUUUCUUGCAGCCGGAGCUCGCUCUGUUCUUUCCACACUAAGGCACAGUGACGAUGACGCAACAACGGAGUUUAUAAAAGAAUUUUAUAAUCACUUACUGCAUGAAUCAUCAGUCAGGGAGGCGCUAGAGAAGACAAAGAGAAUCUUUGAAAAGCGCGAUGAUGAGGCGUACCGAUCCUUUGUAGGUCGUUCUCCGUUUACAAUCUACGGAGAAGAUGUGGUGUUUCAAAAACAUGACAUUGAAACGAUAAGAGAGAAAUCUUUUUCUUCUGGUUUUGUUGUAUUACCAUCUGAUGAGCUUACUGGUUCGUUUGAAAAUCUUAACAAGCAAGAUAAACCAUAGUAUAGGUGAUGGUUGUCUAUUCUGUAGUUCAUGUUUAGGAAGGUUAAUUUUACAGGUUCGGCUUAAUAUAAUAAUUUGUAUGUUGUUUGAUUCUUUUGUCCUCGCUUAUACAAAAAAAGUCAGAAAGGGAGAGUAUACCGGCUGCAAAAUUUUAUAUAAAAUUAUAUAUUUUACUCAAUCAUGUAAUCAUGCGCUUAGGUUUGUAUGAAAUUCAAGAUGUGAAUUGCUAACGUAUCCAAAUAGUUCACAACCAUAGUGUCAUUACCUCAACCGGAGAAUAUGUAAGCAUCUGGGUUUUAUGUUUGUGUAAGUGACUUAAGUGUAAAUGAAUAAAUACUAAGUGUAUUUAUUACAAAUUUUGUGAGUGAAUUUCUCUAUCGGCCAUUAAAGAAUUGAUUAAAAUUUCGUUAAAUUUGGUUAUAGAUUUUCUACCUUUCUACGGCUCUCCAAAUGCCUUGUAGUACAAACAGAAAUAGCUACUAAAUUUAUGUGAAAUUUCUUCUGACCACAAUUAACAGCUUUUUUCCAGAGUUUGGUGUGUGUUAGACAACAAGCGAUUAAUUCUUUGGAUUAGGAUCACAACGCAAAGAUCUUUCUGGUUUGUUGUGUAAGUAUAUAAUUCAACCUUCAACUCAGAUUUAGUUUAGUAAACCUGCCUGAAUGCAGGUGCAUAGGCACUGCGCCCGCGAAACACUACUCUUGCGGUAAAGAGGAGAGGUUUUCUUGUUGCAUCAUCACAUAGCUGAUGAACCAAUUCAUGAAUUGGAGAAUCGAAGAGGCUGCCAUGCUGCAUGCUACUCCAUCUGGAUCAUGUUUAACUACAAUUCAAUGCAAUUUUCAAAAAUGACCUAAUGUCUUUUUCAACAUUUCAAAGACAAACGAAAUUGUUUCGUGCGUGAAAUUUUUCCCUGAGUUUCUGCUCAAUACCAUACAAUGGUAUAAAUAAUAAUGAAUGUUU